AUGCGGCGGUGCCCCAAGUGCCGCGAGGCCCUGCCGACAGGCUGGGACCUCAAGGUCAACACGGCACUGUGGAACACCAUCCAGCUGCUGUUCCCACAGCGCGCCGCUGAGGCUCCCCCACCCACGCCCGCCGAGCCCCCGCGGCCGGCGCGCACACUAGGCGCGCGGCGCGGCCCGGCUGGCGGCCUGCGGCGGCGGGCGGGGCCGGUGGCGGUCGCAGCGGCGGGCGGGUUCAUGCCGGCCAGCGAUGUGCUGCGGCAGGAGUUCCGUCCGCCCAGCGACGACGACGACGACGAUUGGCUCGCGGAUGAGGGGGAUGCUGAGCUGCAGGCGAUGCUGCUGGCGCAGCUGCAGGGCCACGGCGGCGGGGGCGCGGGAAGCCGAGGGGGCGAUGAUGACGAGGACGAGGAGGUGGAGUCUGAUCUGGAGGCGCUGCUGGCAACAGUCUUUGGGGAAGGUGGCUCGGGCGCGCGGCAGGGGGCGGAGGGUGCCGGCGAGUGGCGGCUGAGCAAUGGGGGGCGCGCCAGACUGGCGCGGCAGCAGGGGCCAGGGCGGCAGCAGCAGCAGCAGCAGCAGCAGCAGCAGCAGUCCGGGCUGCCGGAUGAAGUGCUGGACUUCAUAGUUGACGGCGCCCUCGGGUCCCCACUGGAGUUGGGCGGCAUCGCCAUGAGCACCGACGAUGAGGAGGUGCUCAUCGUGGAGAGCCACGAGAGGCACGUGGGCCCGCGUGCCGUCUCCAGCAUCCAGCCGGCACUCCAGCAGCAGCAGCAGCAGCAGCAGCAGCAGCAGCAGCAGCAGCAGCAGGGGCAACAGCGGCAGCAGGAGCAGGGGCAACAGCGGCAGCAGCCAGGCGGCGCUGCUGCGCCUGCGGCCGCCGCGCCAGCACCACCAUCGCCGGAGCCUGCCCCGCUGUUUGCACGGCUGCGCAACGCAGGGCUCGCUGGCUCUGCGCCCACGCUGGUGGCAGGCGGAGUUGGCAGCAGCGGCUCCGGUCCAGGCCCCAGCAUAUCGCGCAGCACAUCCGAGACCACCAUGUGCAGCUCUGUCACUGCACCGAUAUAA